GUAAAAUCGAUUGUUAAUGGAAUAUUUCGGAUUUGUAGCAAUCGGACCCCAAUCUGUUGCGAUCCUUAUCACUUACAAAUUUCCAGCUCGAAUUGUGACCAUAACCGGAUAAUAACAAUUUAUUUAUUGGCUGCCAGUUUGGCUUUUUAAUUUAACCUUUUUGUUGUGUAUUUUGCUAUCGUUUUGUAAAGAUUAUCUUGACAAUCGGCAAGUGUCCAAAUAAGGCAAAACGACGCAUUUAAAAUGUUUUUUCUAAACGGUUUUCAAUUUUUUUUUUUUUUUUUGGAUUAGCCUUUAAAUGAUUGGAGAGAAGUCACGAUUUUUCAGUUGACUUGUCCUUAAGAUGGCUGAUAGAUUAAUAUGAAGCAUAAGCUUCAUACAAAGUGAAAUGAAAAUAUUUACAAUGAAUAUUUAUAUUUUAAAAGGAGAAGGAGAUUUCAAAGUUAAGCUAAAAUAAAAGUCAUAACGUAACCUUCUCUGUUGAAUUCGAACAUUUUUUAACAGUAUAAUUUAGUAAUAAGCAGUCGUGAUGGAUCAUUAUCUAUAUAUCUUUAUUUGAGUUCAAAUUAUGUGUUUGUCUUGGCGUUGUAAUUGCACACUACAAAAUACUUUGUGGCUGAAAAGAGCUGAAUUGAUUAAUGUUUAAUAUUUCCCUUUUAAAACCUGAGUUUUGUAAUAAUCAAACAAAUACAAGAUCACAGGAAGGCUUCGACUUAGCAAUCUUUCCCGCAGUCGAGUGCUUGUUUGUCUCCCCCGAUUAAUAACCAAUAACCAACUGAAAUGGAGGAGUACAGCCGUGAGCCUUGUCCCUUUCGCAUCAUCGAGGACUGCGGUGGAGCCUUCACCAUGGGCGCCCUGGGCGGGGCUGCCUUCCAGGCGAUCAAGGGCUUCCGCAACGCCCCCUGCGGUCUAAAUCGCCGACUGAGAGGGGGCUUUGCGGCGGUGAGGGCUCGAUCCGGCCUGGUGGGCGGGAACUUUGCGGUGUGGGGCGCCUGUUUUAGCGCUAUAGAUUGCACCCUGGUCUACUGUCGCAGGAAGGAGGACCCGUGGAACGCGAUCAUUAGUGGGGCGGCCACCGGAGGAAUUUUGGCGGCUCGUACGGGAUUAACCUCGAUGCUCAGCAGUGCCGUGGUGGGCGGAAUUCUUUUGGCCUUGAUCGAGGGCGUGGGCAUUGCAGUGUCCCACUAUUCCGCGGAUUCCUACCGCCAGGUGUCGCCCGUGGAGAGGCAGGCGAUCUACAAGCAUCAGCAUUUACAGCAACAUUCGCGUUUUUCUCCGUUUAGUACAGAUUAUACAGAGGCUAAUCCGCCGUAGAAAUCUUCACUGCGUCAUCGCGCAGUCGUCGCCAUCCAUUCGCGAUCAUCCGCUGGAUCGACUAUUGCAUACCAAUUCAAUACAAGAUUACUUUGAUUGUUCAACGAUAACGCCUCCAAAUCUUAGGUCUGGCGGCAUUCCGAUUCCGAUUUCAAUUUAAAUUCAAUUGUCGUAUAUUGCUAGUUUUAGAAUCAUAAAUAUAUUUUCCUUCUC